CCUGUGACCCUGUUCUCCUUGCGCAGCAUGGCGGCGUUCAGGGCUCUGGCGGCGUCAAGGCUGGCGGUGACCGCCGGAUUCGCGCCGCGUCCCGGCCUGUGGCCGCUGCCUUUCGGCGGACCGGCGCCCUCCUCGCGCGCGGCCCUCCACGCCUCCGCCCCGCGCCCCGGGCCCAGGGUUGCAGUGGUGCUGUCUGGAUGCGGGGUCUACGAUGGAACCGAGCUCCACGAGGCCUCAUCGAUCCUGGUCCACCUGAGCCGCGGGGGCGCCGAGGUCCAGAUCUUCGCCCCUGAUGUCCCUCAGAUGCACGUGAUUGACCACAUCAAGGGACAGCCUUCCGAGGGCGAGACCAGGAACGUUCUGACUGAGUCGGCGAGGAUUGCGCGAGGCAAGAUCACCGACCUAGCCAAGCUCACUGCCGUCAACCACGACGCGGCCAUCUUCCCUGGGGGCUUCGGGGCCGCCAAAAACCUGAGCACAUUUGCUGUGGAUGGGGGCACCUGCAAGGUCAACAGAGAUGUAGAGCGUGUGCUGAAGGAGUUCCACCAGGCCGGAAAGCCCAUUGGCUUGUGCUGCAUUGCUCCAGUGCUUGCGGCCAAAGUGCUCAGAGGCGUCGAGGUCACUGUGGGCCACGAGCAGGAGGAAGGCGGCAAGUGGCCGCACGCUGGGACCGCGGAGGUCAUCAAAGCUCUGGGCGCCAAGCACUGUGUCAUGGGCGUGACCGAGGCUCACGUGGACCAGAAGAACAAGGUGGUCACGACCCCAGCCUUCAUGUGCGACACCGCCCUCCACCACAUCCACGACGGCAUCGGCGCCAUGGUGCGGAAGGUGCUGGAGCUUGCUGGCCGCUGAGGCCUCGGCAUAGGCCCGCCCAGCUCCCCGCACAGCCACCCUCCCGUUGGCUUGGGACCCUGCAGGGGCUGACUCUUUGCUUAAACGUGUAGGCGUCGUCUUUGUAAGGAGGGCACUUCGCACACACUCGGGGCCGGGAGGCUGACGUGAGAUAUUCCCCCAGCAAGGAGGGAGUGGACGGUGGGGCCCACCCUCUGAGGAGCGCUGGGUACUUGCUCUGCGGGCUCAGGCUUCAGCUCGAGUCAGCUCUUCAGCACAAGCAGCAGGUUGAGGUGACGCCAGGCUGAGGUCGGGCUCGCCUCAGAGCACCUUAUGUAGUAUUUGGAAGGCAAAGUUCUUGAAGCUCACAAAUCUCAUAGUUAGGAGACCAAAAUAUCAUCUCAUCGGUAAUUAAAGAUUCUCUCACCUGGA